AUGUCUGACGUUGGUCGCAAGGAUUUCACCACCAAGGCUAAGGAGGAGCUCACACCUGACUCCACCAAGUCCACCCAGGAUAAGAUUUACGAGGCUGCCACCGACACUACCGAUCGUAUUGCCCGCGGCUUGCAGACCGACGAGAGCAAGGGUGCUGGCCAGGAGGUCUUCGACAAGGCCCAGCGUGCUAGUGACAACCACGUCCACGAUGGUGCCACCGGUUCCAUCGGCGACAAGGUCAAGAAUGCCCUUGGUCUCGGCAACUAG